AUGUGUCAAAUGCAGCAUUCAAGACUUGAUCCCAAGUUGAGGGAUUUAACCACGAAUAAACCUUCUCAAUUACUCUUCUUGUUAACACUCAUAGCACAACCCACUCAGCUAAUUCCUCAGCACAGUCUUACAACAAUGCUACAAGCGGCUAAACUCUCUCUGGUAACGAGGAAAUUCUUGAAGAAAGUUGGCAAGGAAGUGCAGUAUUGCAAUGCAAAAUUGAUGGAUGUUGAAAGAACUGGGAAAAAAAUCACAAAAAUUAUUCCGAUUCGAACAUUAACUUUCCAACCAUUGAAGGCCUGGCUUAUGCAUAAACUCUGGCUCCCUGGAUUUGAAGCUCUAUUGGAUUCCAAUCUCAAACACAAAAAUUCUGGUAGCGGGACUAUGGGUGAUGUGUGGGAUGGAAGUGUAUGGAAAAAUCUUGUAGGACCUCAAGACUCGGAUGAAAUAUUCACUUCAAGACCUGGGCACCUUGUCUUUAGUCUUUAUGUCGACUGGUUCAAUCCAUACGGAAACAAAAGUGGUGGGAAGUCUGCACCUGUGUCACCUGAAAACCUCGGUUUUAAACCGAAGAUAAAUGUGUCAUCAUCCUCGGUUUGGGACCGUAUUCAUGCUGGAGCUGGGUGA